GUUAAAGAAGCAAGGAGAAAUAAUCACACUAACAUGACUAAUUCUUAUUAUAACAUUGCUACAGACUUUUAUGAAUAUGGAUGGGGUGAAAGUUUUCAUUUUUGUAGGUUUAAUUUCAAUGAAAAUUUUUACCAAGCCAUAGCACGACAUGAACAUUAUUUGGCAAUGCAAUUGAACGUAAAACCUAAUAUGAAGAUAUUGGACGUUGGUUGCGGCGUUGGUGGCCCAGCACGUGAAAUUGCUCAAUUCACAGGAGCUCACGUCACCGGUAUUAAUAACAACGAUUAUCAAAUUUCUCGAGCAAGAAAAACUGUUGAAAGACUAGGUUUAAAAAACAAACCUGAAUUUGUUAAAGGAAAUUUUAUGUCAUUGCCUUUUGAGGAAAAUUCUUUUGAUGCUGUUUACGCAAUUGAAGCCACUUGUCAUUCACCUGUAUUAGAGGAAGUGUACUCUCAAGUUUUUCGUGUUUUAAAACCUGGUGGCACGUUCGCCUUUUAUGAAUGGUGUACUACUGCUAAAU